CAGACCCUCAUCACUGCCUAUUGCUGCCUGGGAUACUCAACACCUGCGUGACCCGUGUGACAACCGAGCAGCAGCGCGACCCUCUCAGCUGUCCAGAAAAUUUAAACAAACGAAAAAAAAUGGUGGUGACUCUCAAACCCUGGAGUGCCAUGGUAGCCUUGGUCAUCUGUGUGCUGGUAUGCCUGGGCACUUUUGUCGAUGCCUACCCUCCUAAACCAGAGAAUCCUGGAGAAGACGCGCCCCCCGAGGAGCUGGCGAAAUAUUACUCUGCACUCAGACAUUACAUCAACCUCAUCACCAGACAGAGAUAUGGUAAGAGGUCCAGUCCUGAGACUGUGCUGUCGGAUCUGCUGUUCGGUGAUAAUUCUGAGCGCAGCACCCGAACAAGAUUUGAUGACUCCUACAUGUGGUGAUUCCUUACCUUCUCUCCAACUCUGGUGUCAUGCCCACCACUGGGAGCCUGGCGCAUCGAAGAGCCCCUCAGCAGGAGCGUGACGGCCGCACUCAGACAUUUCCUAAUUGUGUUCAGACCUUCGCAGCAUGCAGUUCUCCUCCCUCCCUCUCUCUCUCUCUUUCUCUCUCGGCUUUCAUUCUGCCCUUUCUCUUUUAUCCCCUCCAUCACUUUUUGGUUUAAUUUGGCGUGUACCUAUAGAGGGACAAUUGUACAUAAUUUAUUAUGAGAAAUGACAUUGGAAAAAAAAAAUAUAUAUAAGAAGACAAAAGCACUAUUAAAAAAAGAGAUUCUUUUGUUUGUAUUGUAAAAAUGCUUAUGUGAGAAUAAAGU